ACUCAGAAAGGUUUCUACCUCGUGCGGAAGAUUCACGCUACGCGGCUAACAGACAAGGAUGGGCGACACGUACGGCACACGUGGCUAAAACACAACGUGAUUGCUCACGUCAUCUUUUUUAUCCAUAUUCCAAGUUUUUAAACAUCAUCAAUUGGAUUAAAUCGGUAGCAAGGGUUCUAGAGGAAACAGAAAGAGGCGAGAGUUACAAAGUGAAAGGGUAAAAAGAAAAAGCGGUGAAAACCAGGAGAGAAGGUUGAACAGAGCGAUUAAAAAACUUGAGUGGAAAACGCACUCUUUAUGUUUUUGUUCUAAAUAUAGGAAUCGGUGAGAAUAAAUGUUGCUUUCAAGCCUAGAUAUGGAUAUUUGUAAGAUGACGGAUCGGGACGAUGGAGCUCAUGUAGAGAUCGUGAGUGAAGGGGCUGCUGGUCGAGAAAAGAAUGAGAACAUGGACGAUGAUGAAGAUCGCGAGAUGGAUGCGGAAAGACCCAGUGCUCCAAGAGUAGAAAGACCACUCGCGUUCAGUAUCGAUCGGAUACUUGGUCUCCCUGGUUAUACAUUCCAAAACAAUAACCCACUUCAUCGUAACUAUUCAUCUCUUCGUAUCGGUACCACCACCGAGAAUGUAGCCCGACGGUCGCCCGAGACCGUCCCGAGUGCUAACAGCGGUAGAGGCGGGAGCAGGGGCUCGGGAUCAUUGACCCUUUCGACGACGUCUGCUAUACCUUCUUCUAUGGUUCUAGAAUCUGAGGGAAUAAAUAGCGUUAGUGGAUCUCAUUCUUCCGGGACCCUAAUACGAGUCCCUGCUCAUCGUCCAAUCCCACUGACUCCCAGGUCAUAUUUUCCAUGGAUGGAGACCAGAAGAUUCCCUCGAGACAGGUUAUCAGUUGUACGAACUGGCAAUGUUUGUGGUUGUGGUGAUGAUGGAGAAAUACCACUCGCAGAAGUAAUAGUUUUAGAAAUAGAAAUGAGAGUGGUACCGCGUCGGAUCGGGCACCCUUACCAGAAUCGAACGCCGUCUAAACGCAAAAAGCCGCGGACUUCAUUCACUCGGCUCCAGAUCUGCGAGCUGGAGAAAAGAUUUCACCGGCAGAAGUACCUCGCCUCCGCCGAACGAGCCAGCCUGGCUCUAUCCCUCAAAAUGACAGAUGCCCAGGUGAAAACAUGGUUUCAAAACAGGCGCACUAAAUGGAGGCGACAAACAGCAGAAGAACGUGAAGCCGAGAGACAGGCUGCAGCUCGUUUUAUGUUCUCCCUUCAACAUGAAAUGAUGAUGAAGAACAUGCAAGAUCCACCACCACAAGACCCAUUGUGCGCACAUAACGCGUCUCUGAAUGCCCUUCAGAAUUUACAACCUUGGUUGUCCAAAGUCCACGGAGGAAAAGUCGCGUGUAGUUCGUCAAGCACCUCUGAGACUUCUGCUUCAGCCCAGGGAGCGCCCUCAACCUGCUCAGCAUCAGCUAGUGCAGGAGCCCCGAUGCUCUCUUCAUCAACUAGCUCAUCUGGCUCUGUGAAUAGCAUACCUGCUCGGUAUUCUCAAGAAAGCUCAUCCGAUGAUGAAAGGCCGUCAAGACUAACUGAUAAAUCCCUCCCUCGAGAAUCCUUAAAAGCAUCCAAUAAAAGCCGCUCCUGCGAUGUAGACCUCUGUACCUCUCCUCGAGAUGUCCCAUCCAGCAGUCAUGUGGAUGAGAGUGCUGAAACUCUCUCCGAUGAUGGAUCAGGGAUCGAAGAUUGCUGCCAUGAAAGUCCGCUGAUGCAUGGCAGGGACUGA